UCCGUCCAUCAUUUUAACAUUACCGGUGUCACUAUAACAGCUCCCAGUGAUAGUCCCAACACUGACGGUAUCAAGAUGGGUUCAUGUAGCAACAUUCACAUCUCAAACACAAACAUUGGUACUGGAGACGAUUGUAUCGCUAUUCUCUCUGGAACCACUAACCUCGAUAUCUCAAACGUCAAGUGUGGUCCCAGACAUGGGAUCUGUGUUGGAAGCUUAGGGAAGAACAAAGACGAGAAAGAUGUGAAGGACUUAACAAUAAGAGACAUCGUUUUCAAUGGCACAAGUGAUGGUAUUCGGAUCAAGACUUGGGAAUCUUCAGCUUCAAAGAUUCUUGUUUCAAACUUCGUGUAUGAGAAUAUUCAGAUGAUUGAUGUUGAAAAAGCGAUCAACAUCGAUCAGAAGUAUUGUCCUCACCCACCUUGUGAACAUGAAAAGAAGGGUGAGUCUCACGUUCAGAUCCAAGACAUUAAGUUAAAGAACAUAUAUGGAACAUCAAAGAACAAAUUGGCAGUAAAUCUGCAAUGUAGCAAGAGCUUUCCGUGCAAAAAU